CUGCCUGCUAAGUGCUAAUCACUGAUUUGUGGUAUUUGAACUCUAGUAAUAAAUAUCUAAAAUACAAGAACUGAGUGUUAUACGUCUGUAAAACUGCCAAUCACUCAUUCAUAUAGAAAAGUAUCUGCUUGGAAAAUGUCUCAAUCAAUGAUGAGAAAGUUUGUUGUUACCAACAUGUGUGUUGUGGCUGGACUGACAAGACGCACAAGUGCAAGAAGCCUGGCUAUAAGUUCAGCCAAACCAAUAAAACAGGAUCAGGUAUUACCACCAGAGAGGGAAAUCACAAAAUCUGUCUUUAUGUCACAAUCAACAGACAUCUACACUAAUCUAGCAAUGGAAGAUUGGAUGUACCGUAAUAUGGAUUUUUCAAAUCACCAUGUUAUGAUGGUGUGGAGGAAUGAGCCCUGUGUUGUUAUUGGAAGACACCAAAACCCCUGGCUUGAGGCAAAUGUACCUUUCUUAGGUGAUAAGGAAAUUGCUCUUGCUCGACGUAAUAGUGGUGGAGGCACAGUGUAUCAUGACAGAGGAAACCUAAAUAUAACAUUCUUUACCCAUCGAGACCGAUAUGAUAGAAAAUAUAACUUAGAAAUUAUCAAAAGGGCCUUGUAUAGAAGCUUUGGAAUAAAAUCUCUUAUCAACGAGAGACAAGACAUUAUUGUUAGGGACAAAUACAAAAUUUCGGGAACAGCUGCUAAGCUAAGCCGUUUAACAGCAUACCAUCACUGCACACUUCUAGUCAAUGCCAACAAGGCUGAUCUCAGCAAAGCACUUGCUAAACGAGAGCAUGGCAUACAGACAUCAGCGACUCCGUCAACGCCGUCUCCUGUCGUAAAUCUGGCGGAUCUGGACAACAGAGUAACAGUGGAAAGCCUUCAGACGGCCAUCGGAUACGAGUACCUUCGCACACCGGCGCUUCAUAUCGAAGAUGCCGGUGAAAGGCAUAUAUCACAACAGAGAGGUUUCCAAUUCGUUAAUCCCACUGAAGAUUGGUAUCCAGGUAUUGCAGAAUUAAGAAAGGAAUUGACGACAUGGGAAUGGUGCUAUGGCAGAACACCAGAGUUCACUGUUAGCCGCUCCUUCCCAGUGCCACCGGAACUUCUCUCGUCCAAACUCUAUUCCGCCUCUCAAGAGUUGAUCAUCUCCAUGACUGUGGAGAAGGGCUUAAUUAAUGACGUCACGCUGAACAUCCCGCCCGGUUUAAUCGAGUCCGGCUUUCACGGGGAGGCUUCAGUGAUAACUCAUCUGAAAGGCAAGCGGUUCACUUCAGAAGCACUUGCGGCUCUCGAAAACGCCAUGUUGACCCGUCACUUGGGCGGUGACGUCAGAAAGUUGGACGACAAAGAACAAUUUGUCGCUAAGUGCUUCGACCAAGUCGUCAACACUGUGUAAAUCUGUGUUAUACAAAGGUGCUAUAGUAUAAGUAUUAUCAGUAAAUAUGUAGGGGCUGUAGAUAUCAUAAAUUACGAUAGUUGGUUCAAAGGCCUAACGAUAUGUAAAAUUCCGUUUAUAAAUUGUUUUGUGUAUUUAUACUGCUUAAACAUAAUUUACAAAUUACUUGUAAUUAAUUUGCUUUCGUAGUUGUUAAAUUCUGUUAGUGUUAUUUUAUAGUGUUGUUGCUUACAGUGAUAUCUUGUAUUUCAUUCAAGUGAACUGUGAUUUUUAACCAACAUUUUAUGUUAAAUAAUAAUAUAAAAUGUCACUAUUAGGCAAAACACAACACACGAUUCGCAGCUUUUGUGUUAAUCGCUACAAGAAUGCAUCAUAUCAUUUGUUUUUAGUUUUUUUUAUAAAGUUAUGUACAGCCACAUAGAAAAUAGCAAUAGGUACAUUUGUUUAUCACAUGUAGUUUUUACAUCCUAGACGGUACUUUUCUGUAUGAAUUUGUUUUAUUAGUUGUUAGAUGAUUAUUUAGCUUUAAUUUAAUAUCUAAUUAUUUAUUAAUGGUGUAUAUGAUUUUAACAGUUGUCAAAUUAUUUUGUGUUAAUAAAGACAAUAAAGAAUA